GGGAAGUUGUGCCAACUUUUAUUAUAACACUAGUAAGGGUCUAAUACAACGAGAUGCAUUCGAUAAUUACUGAAUACAUUUAGUAGAGACAAAGUGAUAGUAAUGAUGUUGUUUUCAGUAGCUGUUGUAGCUUGUAUUUUUCAUUGCUAUUUGUGUGAUAUUCUAAACAUAGGUGCUCUAUUCGAAGCAAAUGAAAAUUUUGAAAAAGCAUUUAACUUUGCUAUAGAAACUGCUAAUAAAAAUUAUAAUGGAACCGAAUUUGAAUUCGCGCCAAUAAUUAGGAACAACUUGACGUGGGAUAAUCCUUACUCCGUGAUGACUAACACUUGUUCAAUUUUUGAUGAAGGAGUCAUAGGAAUUUUUGGUCCGAAAUCACUGCAGAAUAUUGCUGUUGUGCAAUCUUUAUGCGAUUUUAAGGAAAUUCCGCAUAUUGUAACAAGAUGGAACUACUGGUCUACGCGUGAUGAUAUUAUGGUGAAUCUCUAUCCGCAUCCUCAAUAUUUAUCAUAUGCUUAUUACCAAAUUAUUUCAACAAAGGACUGGAAAAGCCUCACAAUUCUAUACGAUGAUAAUGAAAGUUUGGUGAGAGUAUCUUCUCUCAUUGAAGAUGCUCAAAACGAUGGAAUUCCUGUACAAAUAAUUCAGUUGGAUCCCGCAAACUCUGGUAAUUACAGAACAGCAAUGCGAAAGCUGAAAGCCACGGAACAAACAUACAUCGUUUUAGAUUGCAGCAUUGAAAAACUGUUCGAAGUUUUAUCUCAAAUACAACAAGCGGGUCUUAUGAAUGAGAGGUUUAGUUAUCUAAUAACAAAUCUGGAUGCUCAUACUGAAAAUUUGAUGCCGUUUCAAUAUAGUAACGCAAACAUCACCGGUAUCAGAUUAGUGGAUCCUGAAAAAGAAUAUACACAAAAAAUAGCACAAGAGUUUUUUUCAAAGGAUACAGAUUUAUUGGAACUUUCAGCUUGGAAAUUGACUUCAGAAACUGCUUUAGUCAUAGACGCUAUGACUAUGUUUACAAACUCUUUCAUUGAUAGACAGAAAUCAAGUACAAUUAGAAUAGUAGCUGAGAAUAAUAAUAGUUUACAAUGCGAUGACACCAAUAGUUGGGAACAUGGUUUUAGUCUGGUCAACAUGAUGAAAUCGUAUGAAUAUGAAGGAUUAACAGGACAAGUUAAAUUCGAUAACCAAGGCUUUCGCAGCAAUUUCGAAUUGACAGUUUUUGAAUUAUUGGAGGGAGGUAUCACAGAUGUUGGUACAUGGAGUUUUUCAAAGGGUCUCAAUAUAACAAGAGCUAAAGAUACUAUCGAGGAAGAAGAUAAGGAAAGUUUGCGAAAUAAAUCUUUUGUUGUACAAAUCACUCUAACAGAACCUUACGGUAUGUUAAAGUUAACAACCAAUCAUCUUUCUGGAAAUGGAAUGUAUGAAGGUUAUGCUAUCGAUUUAAUUGAAAAGUUAGCAGAAAUGGAAGGAUUCAAUUAUACAUUCAUAGUUAGGGAGGAUAAAAGUAAUGGAGCUUAUGAUAACAAAACAAAAAAGUGGACUGGAAUGAUUGGAGACCUUUUAAACAACGUGUCUGAUUUGGCUAUUUGCGAUUUCACAAUAACAUCAGAUAGAGAAGAAGUAGUUGAUUUCACAGAUCCUUUCAUGACUUUAGGUAUAAGUAUCUUAUUUAGAAAAGCCGAAAAAGCGCCUCCGAGCUUCUUUUCUUUCGCCGAUCCAUUCGGUUUGGAUACUUGGAUAUGUUUGGGUGUAGCUUUUUUUACGGUAUCUGUUGCGCUCUAUUUUAUGGGCAGACUGUGCGCCGACGAAUGGACGAAUCCGUAUCCGUGCAUAGAAGAACCUGAAUUUUUGGUUAACCAGUUCAGUCUUUCGAACGCACUAUGGUUCGCCACCGGAGCUCUACUAGCUCAAGGAUCUGAAAUAGCUCCAAUUGCAAUAUCAACACGUAUGGCUUCUGGUAUAUGGUGGUAUUUUUGUUUAAUAAUGAGUGCGUCGUACACAGCCAAUUUAGCUUGUUUCUUAGCGACAGAGAAUCCGAUAAAACUUUUUACUGAUCUUCAGAGCCUCUACGAUAAUCAACAUGACAUUAAAUAUGGUGCUAAAUUUGGUGGAGCAACUGUUCGUUAUUUCAUGAGUGCAGAAGAGGGAACGCUGCUUUGGAAAGUAGGCCAACAUAUGCUACAUCAUCCUGAAGAUUUACCAAAAGAGAACGACCUUGGCGUAGCAAGAGCAGAAAAAGAACCAUUCGCCUUUUUUAUGGAAUCUUCUUCUAUCGAGUAUGCGACACAGAGGCAUUGUACUUUAGAACAAUAUGGAGAUAAUCUUGAUCAAAAAGGAUAUGGUAUAGCGAUGAGAAAGGGUUCUCCUUAUAGAAAAAGAUUGAGUCUAGCAAUAUUGAAACUUCAACAGAACCAUUUCCUUGAUGAUUUGAAAACCAAGUGGUGGGAAGAAAGAAGAGGUGGAGGUGCUUGUUCUGGUAACGAAGAAGUUUCUGAAGCAGAUCCGCUAGGAAUAAAAAACGUUGAAGGUUGUUUUUCCUGCACUGUUUACGGUACUUGUUUGGCAGUUGUACUGGUGAUAUUCGAACAUAUAUUAUAUGUAUGUAAAGUUAAAGUUAGAACUAAAACAUCUCUAUUGAAAAUUUUCAAAUUAGAAUGGUUAGCUUAUAUAAACUUCAACAGUCCUAGUAAACCAAAUUUGAUGAUAGAUAAUAAAUCGGAAACCGAAGAGGAUAGCCAAAAAGAAAUGAUCGAAGAAGAAGAGAAGAUAAUUGAGUCAAAAACUAAGUCACUGUCUCCGAGAUCUAGAUCAAGUUCGAUAUCAAGAGCUAGAUUGAGAUAUAAAAGGAAGUCUUUUCUGAAUGGAAAUUCUUAUACACCACAAUCCAAUGAAUAUGUUAAACCUGAAUCUGUUGAUAACCAAAGAUCUAAACCACAACCGUAUGGUUUCGUUUUUCCUGUAAAUAAUGGCAGUGUCGAAUCUAAAUCACAACAGUGCGAAUCGAGUUACCCGAUAUCUAGUAUCAGUUCGAAAUCCAAAACCGGUUCCUACGGGUUUGUUAUUCCCAAAUCUAAAGGUAACAGUUGAAAAAUUUUUUUUGUAUAAUAUCAAUAAAAUUUAGAUAGAA